UGCAGUCAGUUUUGCUCCUGGUCAUCUGCCUAUCUUCCUGCUCCUCCCACCAACCACACCUGCUUUGCUUCUGCUUUUCAGCACUCGGGAGGAGCACCACUUCUGCUGCUGCUGCUGCUGCUCCUGCGGCUGCAGCGGCUGUCCCUUUCCCUUUCAAAAGCUCAGCUCGUGUUUUCCGACUCUGUCGUCUGCACAUUCACCGGCGUGCGGAACCACGGCGACUGCUGAAGAUUCUGACUGACCGGCGGAAUUCGACCGGCCGACGCAAAUCGCUUCGAGCUGAGUCGUGCUCUCCGCGGAUUUGAUCUCGAGGGAGUGCCGUGAGCACUUAGUUGCUUUCAAAUUCGAGGAAAGUGUUCACUGGUGGAGUUUGGCCUUGUGAUACCGAGGUCACGCUUUCUUGUUGCUUGGGUACACGUUACCAGGGUUACGCGUUACCAGGGUUGCGCGUUACCAGGGUUGCGCGUUACCAGGGUUGCGCGUUACCAGGGUUGCGCGUUACCAGGAUUUUGCGUUACUGGGGUUACGCGUUACCAGGGUUACAUCCUCAUGGAGGAUGACGUGCGAUGGCGGAAGUAUUUCACCCAAUCAGGAGCCGACAUCUGGACGGUCAUCGACCGAGCGCUGCGAGUAGCCGCGUCCGAUUUUCCCGCGCAAUUACGCCUGCGACGCGACGGCAUCGCGGAGAAACUGUUUACCUUCGGUCGCCCGUCGCACCAGUCGCACGUGCGAGAUGUAACACCCCCACGAGCGACAGAACGGGCAGCGACAGAACAGGCACAAGCGGAGGAGCGGCAACCGUUAACGACAAGUGAGGCACGAGACGCAGACGCAGAGAGAGCGGACUUCGGGAAGGAUAGACUGAAUCCGACGGAUAGAAACGCCUCUGGUCACGAUGACAGACGGAAAGACGGCGACGAGGGGGGAGAAGUGAGGGAGAAAAGACGCGAUGGGUAUGGUGAAGGGGGUACACAUGAUGAGGAGAAGCGGAGAGAGGGGGGGAGGCGAGAAAGGGAAGAGGGCGACUGGCGAGCGACAGACCGACCGGAAGGGCGAGGCAGUGACGAGAAGAGUAGACGGCCGUCUGGCGACAGACAACCGUCAGGCGAGAGACGACCGUCAGGCGAUGGACGACCGUCAGGCGAUGGACGGCCGUCAGGCGACGGACGACCGUCAGGCGAAGGACGGCCGUCAGGCGUGGUUGCUGGACGCAUGGAUGGCGAGAGGGAUCUGGGAGGGGAGGCGAGAUACGGUGAGGAAGCGGAUGAGAGGGAAUAUGCGAAGGCGGAUGAGAAGGAGGAAGCGAAGGAGGUUGAGGCGAAACGCGCGAAGAAGCGCGGGUGUGUCUUCGUGCUCGGCGAAAGCGAGGAGUCUGAGAGCGAGGAGGAGGAGGACGAGGAGGAGGAGGAAGAGGAGGAAGAGGGGGAGGAGGAGGAUGUAGAUGUGGAUGCGGAUGUUAUGAGAGAGAGCGAAGACGUUAAUGGUAACGGUUAUGGUAACGGCUAUGGUAACGCUGGUGGUAGAGGUGGGGAGAGGGGGAGAGGGAGGGAUAGGACGAAUAACGGGGAGGGGAGAAGAGUAGAACGAGGAGCGGAGAGGGGUGAGGAGGGGGGAGCGUGGGAGGAGGACGAGGGAGAGGCAGCAGCAGCGGUGCUGGAGGAGCAGUUUCAGGAGGAGGACCGGCUGGUGCAGCAGAUUGAGGAGAUUAAAGACCUCCUUAGACCGUCCAGACUGGACAACGAGUAUCUGGUGCGGCACCUGGAGUCGCUGCUGCACAUGCCCAUGACCCUGGACGCUCUCAGGGUGACGGAGAUAGGCAAGAGAGUGAACACUUUCCGCAACCACCCCUCGGAGAAAGUGCGAGCCAUAACGAGGCAGCUCAUAGGCGCGUGGAAGGAUCUGGUGAAGGAGUGUCGCAAGAGCGCAGCAGCGGUGGCGCAGGCCACAGAAGGCCUGCCAGAGGAUGUCUCGUCCGGUCUGCCAUCCCCCCCUCUGGACGAGAGUGCAUUGCUGCAGGGGAGGAGCAUCGCCCUGGGGGCUAGCGAGUUGUUUCGUGACUUUGGUCUCGGUCUAGACAGUGGAUCCUCUAGAUCCGACGGUAGUCCUCCUGACGACCGUGCUCCACCCCACGACGAUGUGGCCUCCUCCCCGCCUGCUUAUAAAGCUAUUCCCUCGUAUAAGAGCAACCCUGCUAAUAACGAGAGCAAGCCGCGCUAUACAGGGGACAGGCAGGACAGGGGCAGCAGCGGUGGGGCAGGGGCUCUGUUGAGUGAGCGCAAGGAGAGGAGGGAGAAGAGAGGGGACGAGGGGAUGGUGGGGAGCGACGGGUUCGGCGGGGAGAGGGACGUUGGUAGCCUCAUGAAACGGGCCAAGGAGAAGCUCAAGGACAGGGAGAGGGAGAGGGAGAAGAAGAGGAGUGCCGUUUCCGGUCUUACUGCUGCUGGCGUCACGGGCACAGGCAGGCAGGGGGGCGGACAGGUGGCACCACAGGAUAGGUCUCUGAUGGGAAGGGCGAAGGGGGGAGCGGGAGGAGGAGCAGCAGCAGGGGAGGGAUCUCCUAUGCAAAGAAAGUUGUCCCAGGGGGGCAGGGAGAGGGAGAGGGAGAGGGAGAGGUCGGUUUCGCCUUACUGCCCCUCUGCCCCUGCAUAUGGCAGGAGCCUCUCCCCUCCGCCCAACAUCCGAUCAGAGCUUCCGCGCACCCCUCCUGGUGGCGGCGCCAUGGACAGGGAGCGAUUGGAGAUGGCGAAAAGGAAACUGCACGAGCGAUACCAAGGCAUUCAGGACGCCAAGAAGCAGCGCACCAUACAGGUGGUGGAUCCGGGCGCAGUGAAGGGCGGCAAGGCCAAGCCAAGGUUCGCUUUCUCACACAACGCGCGAGGGGGGGCAGGCGGUGGCGGGGGGAGGUUCGGUAGGAGGUAACUGUCGUCUGCUGGUGGGCGUAGCUGCUGCUGCUGGUGGGGGUAACUGCUGCUGCUGCUGGUUGGCGUAGCUGCUGUCUGUUGGUGGGGGUAGCUGCCAGCAUAAACUCCCCUACAAAAGUUGGCGGAACAAGUUGUACGUCGGGUUUGGCAGACGUGGGGGGCGGUAGGCAGGCCCUUGGUAGGAGAGGAGCGGCGGUGGCUGGUGGCCCGGAGCAGAGGGCCGGUUUGGAGUUUGGAGGAGGCAAGCGGAGCGGGGAGUGGAUGCGGGCCUUCUCUCAUAGCUUCAGACCAGGUCAGGCAGGUUGUCCUCUCGCUUUGGCAGGCAUACCUAGCCUUGGUGGUUCUUGAUCUUUCGUCUUUCUUGCUGGCAUGGCAUGCAUUUCUUCCGGGUUGGGCAGAUAUGGUGUAGGUUUUGCUGCCUGAUCCACCAAUUGCACUACUACUGUACUGGUUUUAUACAAUGCCUAACAAGUGUUGUGACAUGCACCUUCUGGAAGGCUGAUGGCUUGGGGGCAUCCUCAGCAGGAACGAUGCAGGAACCUGAAUUCGCGUGAGUCUCCCAAUUCAAUACGAUUAUAUUUAAA